AUGAAUCACAUCUUCAACAAGCAGUUGCACAAGUUCCAGUUGGUGGUCUUUGACGACAUACUCGUCUACAGCAAAACGUGGGAGGAACAUCUGAGGCAUUUGGACAAAGUUAUGGGAAUCAUGGAGUCACAAUCAUUGUUUGCCAAGAGGUCCAAAUGUGAAUUUGGAAUGACGAAGAUAUUGUACUUGGGACACAUCAUCAGUGCCCGUGGGGUUCAAGUACAUCAAGAGAAAAUUCAAGCCAUUCUGGUUUGGCUGCCUCCCAAGAUUCUCUUGGAGAUGCGUGGAUUUCUUGGAUUGUGUAGUUAUUAUAGAAGGUUCGUGAAGGGAUUUUCACAGAUUGGUGCACCACUAACAGAGCUAACGAAGAGAGGAUCCUUCCACUGGGAUGUGCAGGCCCAACACACUUUCGACAAAUUGAAAGAAGUUAUGAGUACGUGUCCAGUUCUGACACUACCAGACUUCACUCGACCUUUCAUCUUGAAGUGCGAUGCCUUGGGUGAAGGUAUUGGAGACCCCAUCGCGUUCGAGAGCCGGAAGCUGUCGGGAGCAGAGCGACUGUACUCCAUCUACGACAAGGAGAUGCUUGCCAUCAUGCACACACUAACGAAGUUUCGACAAUACCUUGUUGGAGCAAAGUUUGUUGUACGGACAUACCACAACAGUCUACAAUAUUUCUUGGAGCAGAGGGAUUUGAAUGAACGACAGCAGGGUGAGCAAAAUCCAGGCAUUUGA